UCAAGAGGAGAAGAAGAAAAAGCACGAGGAGAAGGGGACGGGAGUAGAAGAAGUACAUUAGGUUGAAAGAGAGGAAGCCUGGGCAGGUCUUUGAGUGUUGGAUUGGGAAGAUGUUCAGAAAUCAGUACGAUACAGACGUGACCACAUGGAGCCCCGCGGGGCGGCUCUUUCAGGUGGAAUACGCAAUGGAGGCCGUGAAGCAAGGGUCCGCCGCCAUUGGUCUCCGAUCGAAAACCCACGUGGUGUUGGCUAGCGUCAACAAGGCCAAUUCGGAGCUCUCCUCUCACCAGAAGAAGAUCUUCAAGGUCGAUGAUCACAUCGGUGUUGCUAUUGCCGGCCUCACCGCCGAUGGGAGAGUCCUCUCCAGGUACCUUCGAUCCGAAUGCAUCAAUUACAGUUUCGCUUACGAGUCUCCUCUUCCCGUGGGAAGACUGGUCGUUCAACUUGCCGACAAGGCCCAGGUUUGCACACAGCGUUCUUGGAAACGGCCAUAUGGUGUGGGUUUGCUGGUUGCUGGGUUGGAUGAAUCUGGUGCUCACCUAUACUAUAACUGCCCAAGUGGGAACUACUUUGAAUACCAGGCUUUUGCCAUUGGAUCCCGCUCUCAAGCUGCAAAGACUUAUUUGGAGCGCAAGUUCGAGACUUUCAUGAGCUCGUCUCGGGAAGAUCUGAUCAAGGAUGCAUUAUUUGCAAUCAAGGAAACAUUACAAGGUGAGAAGCUUACCAGCGCUAUCUGCACUAUUGCCGUGCUUGGAGUAGGGGAGCCUUUCCACAUAAUGGAUCAGAAAACUAUACAAGAAUUGAUUGAAUCGUCUGAAGUGAAGGAGGAUGAGCCUGUAGCUGACCAGGGCACAGCUAUGCAGGAAGACCGGAGCCCAGAAGCAGCCCCCAUGGAUAUUUGAUGGUGCAAUUUAGUAGCAGUGUGGCCUCUGCGCUAAAAUGGGAAGUCCAAAGACAAUGGUGAUGAGAUGAUGUCAUUGACAUCUAGUCCUACCGAUUCUGUUGUUGCAUUUCGUUGCUCUUUAUCUUGUGUCAAUUUUUUAUGCUAUCAUCCUUUGAAACAUUAUUUUGCA